ACACUUGCUGUAGAAAUGAGGCGGCGAUUAAAAAGACCACUUUCAUGUUAUUCCAAUGCAACAAGAUUAUCGUAAUAGUAUCGUGUCGUAAAAAUGUCUCAUUAUGAACCGUCCUCGGCCCCCGUCUGGGGCUUUCUGCCUUCUGAACAGUAUCUCUUGCACCAUUGGAACCGUGAAUCAGAGGAGACGGUUGAGAUUCAAAGGCAGCGACUAAUUCGCGACUUUGUUCGAAAUGUAGAUGAGACCCCGUUUAAAUGGGACAUUGUUCGUCUGAGUACAUGCCUAGAGGCGCCGCCGCCUCUGGACGUCCCCCCUACCGAAGGGGACAUCGAGACAAUCUUGGCACCGUGGCGGUCCCAAUCUCUGCGCUUUGCAGCAGCCAAGAUUUGGAACACAACUAUAACUGACUGUAUGGUCUGGGUGCGAACGCACUACGAUGCGGACGAAGCUGUCCGACAAGAGGACGACGUGCAGUUUGCAGCGUGGGUAGCCGAAAUCGACGAUGAAAACCACUUUAAUGGCAAUCCUUCAGAUGAUCUCGAGCAGGCACUAAAGUGGUUGAUCCUCGAAGAUGAAUCUCGUUUCAAUGUGGGUAGAGACUGGGAGCUUGUACUCGAUAUCAUGCCGGAGCUAAUUAUCCCGUAUUCCGAGAGCGAGGGCGGUGCCGUCGAAGCGGCCGCUCAGUACCGUGACCCUCGGCAGUGGCGCCGCGUAGCCAAGAGAGUUCAACAAUAUCAAGAAGAAAUGCGGGAUAAGGCAUCAAAGUUGACUAGUACGGAAGAUCUCAUUGCUCUAGUGGAAAGCGCCAACAUCUUGCAGGAGCUUAGCUUAUGCGCAGUAGUGAUUCUUGCCGACAAGGAUGCCUUUGCGCAGAAACGGCUAAAGAUGGUCUUUGUCGAUGGACACGGUCACACCAUCCGCUACGCGCUUGUCGAUAAUGAUGACUGUUGGUGGGAGGUACGCAGUGAGCUCUUUCGCGGCACUCUCGACGGAAACCCCUAUUGGCUAGGCGAAGAAGAGGGAUCUGGCGUAGGACCUGCGUAUAAGGCUGAUGGAGUAGUAGGCAAGGAGUUGUACGGCAUCCAGGAUUUACUAUAACGCAUGUCACAAGUAGCUUAUCAUAGACUCUUCUGAUAGUGGAUGUAUCAAGUGCUGCACAAGACCAAAAGCAGAAGAAAUAUUUAGCAAGAUACGAGGGUUUACCAUAGUAUAUAUAUCAU